GACACUUUAGCUUUUAUCGCUUGCUAUAUAUUUCGAACAGGUCGAGAAACCUAGCCUAUUAAGAAUCUAAAGAGUGUUUUUUUCAACUAAAUUUCGGUUCAUAAGUAUAAAAAAAUGAAGAAUAGUACAAAUAUUUUGAGUGGUCCACCACUGUCAAAAAAUUGGAGAUAUAAAUCGGCAGCGGAAUUUUUUUUGGAAUUAAUACCAAAAUACGGAACUGCGAUUGCUAUGAUCAGCGUAGAAACGGGGGAGGAGUUAACUUACAAUCAAAUUCUGGAAAAUAGUUUGAAACUUGCUCUAAGUUUAAAAAAACUUGGUUUGAAAGUAAACGACCGAAUUGGAAUCUGUAGCGAAAAUAAUUUAAAUUUUGGGAUUGCAUUUCUAUCCAGUAUUUUUCUGGGAACCACAAUAUGUCCUCUGAGUCCUUCCUAUACGGAAAUGGAAUUAAUCCACACAAUGAUGAUUUCAAAACCAAAAUACAUUUUUGUAUCAAUUUCUUGUUUGCCAAUAAUGCGAAAAGUAGUGAUGGAUUUGCCCUGGUUUCCAAAAUUAAUUCUCCUCUAUCCUAAAGCUUCAGAUACAGAUAUUCCUAAUCUUCCAGAUUUAAUUUCAAAAUUAUCAGAUUCGGAAUUGAGAAAUUUCAAGUUGCCCGAAAUUGACAAGGAAGAUCAUGUUUUAUUAAUUGCUUGCUCUUCGGGAACCACAGGACUUCCAAAAGGAGUAAUGUUGUCUGAUAAAAAUAUAUUAAUAAGAAUUCAAAUAUCUGCUGAAGAUCCAGCUUCUUUUCUCAAGAGCUGUAAAAUUAUUUUGGGAAUUUUACCGAUGCAUCACACCUAUGGAAUAUGUAGUUUGCUCACAGUUUUAGCUGAAGGACGAAAAUUAAUAGUGCUUUCGAAAUUCGAAGAACGUGUUUUUCUGGAAACUGUGGAAAAGUACAGAAUUGAGAUUUUGUUGUUGGUACCAUCAGUGCUGGUCUUUUUGGCUAAAAGUCCGAUUGUGAAUGAAUACGAUUUGUCGUGUGUAAAAAAGAUAAUAUCAGGUGCAGCUCCAUUAUCAAAAGAAAUUGAAGAGAUAGUCACGAAAAAGAUGAAGCUUCGCGCCAUCCAUAGUGGAUAUGGAUUAACUGAAUCUACUGGAAUUCUUAUAGGUUCUCCAGAAAAUCAUAAAGUCAAUAGUGUAGGAAUCUUGGUACCCGGUGUGCAAGCUAAGGUUGUUUCACUGGAUGAAAAAUUAAAAGAACCUUUAGGCCCGAAUAUGGAAGGCGAAUUAUGUUUCAAAGGAAAAAACAUAAUGAAAGGGUAUUGCGGAGAUGAAAAAGCAACAAAAGCCAUAAUAAAAGAUGGAUUUUUGCAUACUGGAGACGUUGGAUAUUAUGAUGAAGAUGGAUAUUUUUUUAUCAUUGACAGAGUGAAAGAACUUAUAAAAUACAAGGGUUUUCAAGUUCCACCAGCAGAGUUGGAAUCAAUUUUAUUAUCUCAUAACAAAAUUGGAGAUGCUGCAGUGGUUGGAUUACCAGACGAAACUGCUGGAGAAUUGCCUCUCGCUUUUGUAGUAAAACUGCCGGGGGUCGAAAUAAGAGCUGAAGAAGUUAUUGAAUACGUUAAUGAACGAGUUUCGCCGCAAAAACGACUUAGAGGUGGAGUUCGAUUCAUCAAUGCGAUUCCUAAAAAUCCUUCCGGAAAAAUUCUUCGCAAAGACUUGCGAAGCUUAUUAAAAUCAAAGUUUUAACUAGCCUUCAUGUCAUGUGAACAUUUAUUUUUUUUAUUUUUAAUUGAUAAAUUCACAAUUGUAAGUAUCUGGAACACGGGAGGUGGGAACUUCGAAUUGAGGUAAACUUUCCGCGAUGAUCCAAAGAUAUAUCUAGCGGACUCCGCUAGAGGCAGCACCUUACAAGCUUAUAACCGUGGAAAGUUUAUCUCACUUUGGAGUAAUUCGACGACUAUUGCAGUUCUUGAACGAUAUCCUGCAAUGGUUCGUACCCCCAGUUUUUUGGUGAAGAUUAAAAUAAUAAACGAUACUAUAUUUUAUUUCUAUAUACAUUA